UUUUAUAUUUAAUGCUUUUUCUAAUCGCCCGGUUUUCAAUGGAUUAAAAAUUAAAUUGGCGAUACGUAGAAUAAAUAUUGGUGAAUUGAUUCAAUACAGAAUGUUUUGACUGCAUGGGAAUAGACUGGAAAUUCGCGGACAGUCUGUGUAAUUAUUUACAUAUGGCCUGAGAAUUAAAUAUUUAUCGCGCUUGUGACAUAUGUCUCAAAGACGAUCGCUUUUUCGACAGAAGUUCGGUAGCUGAACAAUGUGAUCUAUUGGGGGCGUGACCAAUUAACGCGCAUAAACCAAUCGGAUUGCUUUGUUGGUUAAUACAUGCGCCGCAUCAAUGAAUAAUGGAACAGUAGAAAACAGUACCGAACAAAAAUGAAAGUCGAAAGCUGGCAAGGCACAUUGGAAUUCUGUAUGCUAUAGCAGAAACGUGAUCUGUUUUUAUCUGACUAAAAUAAGUCUGGAAAUUGAUAUACGAGAUGAGUCGGACUUAGUGAAAAAAAUAUUACUUCACGAAGUAUUAUCAUUCCGAAGUCUUUCAGUUUUAGCACUUGUAGACACAUGGACGAACGGACACGGACACCGUAAUUGUAGUUUUGUGUACACUGUAUAUCACCAUUAGGUAGCGCACGCACAUCGUACAUUCAGGGAUUUUAUUUAGAAGCAGUUAGUUCGCAUAGUGAUACCGACGGUUUCAUACAAAGCACGUGUUUCAUAAACUGUGUUAACUGUUUUAUAUUCGUGCACGUGAUAACCGUGUAUAGUUUAUAUACGCAUGUACAUGCAACGAGCAUCACAUCGUGUAGGCAAUAAAGGGAAAUAGGAGCUCGGAUAGUAAAAUUUAUAAUCUAACUGAUAAAUACAAUUUUUGGCUGAGCUUCGUAGCUGUUUAUCGAUAAAACAGACAAAUAUUAACUUAAUGCGAGAUAAACUGCGAUUUGAAUAUCAACGAAUGUGUAAUACACCGAAAACUGUGAUAAUUGUGCAGGAGUGAACGUCGAGAAGUCUUGGAUAUUGUGUGAAAUAAAUAUUCGUUAAUAGUAUAGUCAUUAAUUAACUACGUUAACUGGAUAUAUACAUCUUUUGAAGAGCGCCCGGAAACGAGACACCCAAAGCAACUUUUCGAAGACGGUCGCAUUAGAUACGUCAACACAUAUCAACAACACAAGAUACUCUAAAAACACAAAACGAAGAACAUGUACAACGGAGAGCUGAACACGACGGUUGUGACCGGAAACGGAAGUCCCCUAGGCUCGAGUGGGCAACCCAGCCCACUGAACUCUGAACAUGGGAUGCAUCAGGGGCUGGAUUCGGUGAAUUCUGGCGGAGAGGAUGAGGUGAGGACCUUGUUUGUGAGUGGACUGCCUAUGGAUGCAAAACCCAGGGAACUCUACCUGCUCUUCAGAUCCUACAAGGGUUAUGAAAAUGCCCUUUUAAAAAUGAUGGGCAAAGCAAUUGGUAAAAAUAAUAAUCCUGUAGGAUUUGUAACAUUUAGCUCAAGAGUCGCGGCUGAAGCUGCAAAACAAGAUUUACAGGGUGUAAGGUUUGACCCAGACCUACCCCAGACCCUCAGGCUAGAAUUUGCCAAGAGCAACACAAAGGUGACCAAACCCAAACAACCGAGUCCACAGCCUGCAACACACCCCACCUUGAUACACCCCAUCACAGGGCAGGACCUUGGUGCGGCGUUUUUCCCAGCGGGCCCGGAGGCCUGGGCGCCACCUCACGCACUGGCCUUCCCCGAACUUGCACCCGGCACCGCCUUGCACCACGCGACACUCGUGCAACACCCUCUUACACAGUUGCCGAUGCGGGGCCAAAGGCCCGAAUUCAUGGAACCACAUGAUUGGGCUCGGACCCAUUUUUGGACUGGUGAUCUUCCAAUGCGGGCUGCAGACAUGAAUAUGCUAGCCUUGCAGACUGGUAGCCCUAUUGGUUAUGAGUUCCACCCCGGUAUGAUGACUGCAUCUACCAUGGGUCAUCCCUCCCUAGGGGCCACUCCCAUCUUCACUAGCCCCCUGGGGGGUCUACCACAGAUGCAACUUGCCAUCGGAAAGGCCAUGACUGGGUCUGCUACUUCCCCAGGCCUUCCCAGCGUCAAUAACUCACCCUGUUCCACUCUAUUUGUUGCCAACCUAGGGCAGUUUGCAUCCGAACAAGAGCUAAAGGACUUAUUUGGGAGCUUCCAGGGGUUUUCAAGAUUAAAAAUGUACAAUAAGAAUGGAUCCCCCGUCUGUUUUGUAGAAUACCAGGAAUUAAAGCAGGCAAAUGAGGCCAUGUCUAGGCUUCAGGGGUUUGUGCUUCUGUCCAGUGAUCGUGGGGGCAUUCGCAUCGAGUAUGCCAAACAUAAAAUGGGCGAAGUUGUUAGCCCAUGAAACUGCAAAAUAGCCGUCGAGCCGCAAUUCAGAUACUCAAUCAUGUGACAAAGAGACCUGAAGAAAUGAUGACAUCACCAGCGCAAUCGCCUCCCUUGUCUGUGAUGUCGCAGGUGUAACCUAAUUGAUGACAUCCAUGACAUCAUCAGUUUGCGUGUGCAUUGUCUCUGAUGUCAUCAGGAUACUUAAAUGUCAUUGGCUGCCAGAUUUUACAAUGGGCCAAUUCUUUGGCUAUGUAUGCUCCAAUUUGAAUUUUUGAACAUUUUUGUGUUUGUUUUGAAUGCUUUUGCCUAAAUAUAUUGGGGGAAUAACAGGUACUAAGUGUUGUUGAUUUUAGUUUUUUUAUGAGUGUUGUUAUUUGAGAUAUUGACCUGUUUAUUAUCAUGUAUAUUUAUUUUAUUCAAGUGAUAAUUUGAAAUAUACUCAAAAUGUUCAUAUGGGAGAGGUAUCCCACAAAGUUUGUGUUAUUAUUAUUGUCUAUUCUAUUAUAAAACUUGCCUGUUGUUGUGUAAUCAUUGUAUGAUAAAUGUAUGGUGUCACAGUUUUAGGUUAGAAAACAUUUCCUCGCAAUAGAAAUCAUAACACACAAAAAUUAAACUGCAUAAAAGCUGUUUUGUCUAAUUGUUUGGCUGCAAGCAUAAUUAUUUGCUUUUUGUUACGUUUAUUACUAGUAUACAUCUAACAGAUAAAAAUUUGUUCAGAGGAAAAUGUAAGAAUUCUUUUCUAAAAUUUAAGCUUUGAAAAAGCAAAAAUAAAUGAAUGUAUGAGCAGCAAAUCAUCCAAAUCAACUGUGGUACUGGCGGCAUAAGGGAACUAUCCAUGUAAAGAAAUGUCUUAUUGUGGAACUAUAUACAUCGCAAUUAAUGUGAAUUAUGCCUAUUGCUAAAUGCUUUGAAAUCAUAAAAGUUUAUUCACUUAAUCCAGCUUUUCUAUUCCUGUUAAUGCCACUGAAUUUAGGAGGAAGACAUGUACAAUUAUGUUAUUUGCUCAAUAUUAAGAUUAAUUCAAGUAAUUACCUUCUUUUAUGUUGCAUCUUAGUUUUAAAAAAUUGAAACAUAUUUAUGACCGUCUUUACAAAUAAUAACCAUGAAAACAUGCACAAUAUUUUAUAGUUUUGAAAUACUUCUGAUACAGUAAUGUUGUAAAUAUAACAGGAAACAGAUGGGCAUAAUAUAUUUACUUAUAUUUUUGGUACAUAUUACUUAUAUUUAUGCAAUAUAUAGAAAUAUUAUAAUAAUGCUGUUUUGUUCUGUUUUCACUGCUUAAUUACUUGCAUGAUGUAUAGGCUUUAAAACUGCAUAUUAAUUAUUCCAAUUGAGAACAAAGAUAAAUACACAAAAUGCAUUUUUGUUGGUAUUACACUGACAGCAUAAUACGUUGUACUUUUAUUGUUAUAUGAUGUUUAACAUACGGAUAAAACAUGCCAUUGAUGUUCAGGGAUAGGCUACUAGGAGGAAAUAAAAAUGCUUAAUGCUUUAAAAAGAAUCCGUUUUGCCGAUAUCAGUGAACAAUAUCAGUGUUAUGGUCAUAGUUACAGAAUCUUUUGCCUUCAAUUAAACUGCCUUCAAGUGAUGGACAAUCUUCUCAUUUAUCAAAGGCUGAGUUGCAAACCGUUGUAUCUGAUAUUUAGAUGUAAAGCAGAUAUGACACUUUGGCACUUACUCUUUGGUUGUAGCUUUUUAUGCACACGCAAUUUAUAUGUUGCUAAGUUUUGAAAAAAGGCACAAUUAUUCAAAAAUAAUGCAAAAUCGUUCUUUAUGUCAGUGUGUUCACUGUGUGUGGUAUACACAUUUUGAUAGAAAAUAUGCAUUUGACAAAGACUUAUAUAUAUCAGUAUAUAAUUUUUUUAUGUACGGUAAUGUAAAAUUCAUCCAUGACUAUUUUUGGUAUGUCAGAUAAGGUAAAAAAAGACCUCUUAAACUGUGAUUGCAAAAAACAAAAUUUGUAUGAAAUAUAUUGUAUCCGCCUAAGUCUUUGCAAAGUGUAUAUAUGUGUCAAAAGAAGUGCUAUUAUAUAUUUUCUAUAACUGUAAGCAACAUGACAAAGGUCUCAAACCAAAAUAUGUGGCAUAAGAUUAAGAUAUUAUCUACCUACACCACCAGUUAUUAAACUCUUGAUAGCUUGAUGAAAAACUAGAUGUCUUAUCACCAUCAUUUCUAGAAUAUUCAUAGUUUUGACAAAAUAUUAAUUUACCAUUUCUUAAUGAACUAUUUACUAAGUGAACAAUAUUACCCACCAUAAAACUACUUUUACUACUUGGAAGAAAAAUUGUUAUCAUGGUUUUUGUUUCAAUUUCAGCUUACUUUAAAAUUUCAAUUUUCUCAGACUUUGUAGGGGGUUACAUAUAGACUAGGAUAAUACAAACAUUGAUGAUGCAGUUACAUGGGGUUACUCAUAAUUUAUUCAAUUACAUUUGCUCAGAGCAGAAAAUUGUCUGUCAUGAUUUUGUCUCAGUUUGUAUUGGCGUGGUUUCCUUAGAUAUUGCUAUAUAGUGUGAGUGUAUUAAGUCUGCUUGAUAAUUUUGUGACAUGACCUGAAAUAAUUUGUUUUUAUAUGUGUGGUUUGUUUAGGCUUAAAAAAUUUGCAUGACAUGGUUUUGAUUUCAUAUCUAUAUCAGGGUAGAGUGAUGUUACAAAUACUGCAUUUGUUGAGGUCUUCAGUGACUUAAAUAAUUUAGUCAUGUUGCUAAAUAUUUAGAUAAGCAUAUCAAUAAUAUUGUUGACAUUUUUAACAAUGUAUAAAAACUUUAUUGGAUUCUCUUUAUGUAUAAUAAUUAUUUAUACACUUUUUAAAACUUAGUUUUAUUCCCUUUAACUGUCUGUCUUUAACUGGGCACAUUUCACUUCGUUUCCAGCAAUAUAUAAGCAGAUGUAAAUACAAUGCACUGGCACUAUUCCUUGUGAAAAAUAAUGAGAUUAAUUACUAUAUUUUUGUUCACGAAUACUAUCUAUGCAAAUAAGCUAAUUGUUUUAGAAUUAGCUAAACUGGGAGAUAUAAUCAUUUUGCAAUACUGUUUUUGCAAUAAUUUCAUAACUAAAAUAUGAUGUUAAUGCACUGAAUUGUAUGAGUCACUUACUGUUGAAUGGCUUUUAUGUUUUUUCAAUGUUAUAAACUGCAUGAGUUCAAGGGAGAUUAGUGUCGGUAUUUUGUUUGAGUAUUUAUAACAGUUAUUUCCCUUUGCUGAAACACUGAAACAAUUUAUUGCCAGCCAACAAAUUUGUGAGGGCUUUGUUUAAAAUUAUGGUGUGACAUUUUUCAAUUAAAAUAAUUGAUACAUAUAUUUUAUUUUGGGCAAUCCCCGAGAAAUGGCAAUCUAAUGGGUGAAAGUGGGAAAAUAGGGAAGUUGUAAUUAAUUUUUAUCAAAUCAAAAAAAGAGUUGAACAUAAACAGUUUGUGCAGGUCAAUUUUUUAACUUUGACAUGCAAAUGCAUGGUAUAGUGAUUUUAUUGAAUGCAUUGAAUGAUUGAUGUGUUGAUGAUAGCAUCUAGUAUUUAUAAGUAACAAUCAUUCUGGUUUCAUACCAACGAUUAGAGAAAUUAGUUUACAUCCUUGAGGUCAUUCAACUUUUUUGCAUCAUUGAUAUUUCUGUUGGUGUUAUACAUAUCAAACAGAAACGUUUUUAUUCUAGCUUAAGCUAUGAUUUGUGUAAUUUUUAUUUUUGAUUUGUUGAUCAGUUAAUAGCUGAGUUAUUACUGGAAAAAUAUAGCUUUUCAGUUUUCUUAUUUGCACAAAUCUAAAUUCUCAAUUUAAAGAUUGAUUUUGGUCCAGCACUGUUGUUGCUCUUUCAAAAAUAUUCAUUCAUGUGUAAAAUACUUUUGUGUUUGUCUUGAAGCAGAUGGUUUUGUGAUUUCUCUUAUAAAACAUUCCAGCUCGAAAUCGCAAGUUUGCUCCCCUCCCAUAUACCCAAGAUUUAAGCACAUUGUUGAAAAUCACUUUUUUAAAUUAAAUCUUGAAUAUCUCAGUUGAUAUUGCAUCUGUAGAUGUUUCAGUUUGUACUCUGCUUUUAAUUUUGUGAGUGAACUUUACAGUUGAUAUAAUUUAUUUACAAAAUGAGUAAAUGUAAAAUUUGAUUUACAUAUAAGUUAGUGUCUUUAUGUUAUAAAUCAAGGUUGUGUUUUACAUUGUGACAUACAUUGAGAGAUUUUUGUAAAAGUGAUUGUUGCUUUUUUUUUUUAUCUUUAUGGCGUUUUACCUGUAUUCAACUAUUCAGUUUAUGUACAGGUCUUAAUCAUUCAAUUGAAUUGGAAAGAAAAGAAACUGAAAAACAGUGAACCAAAUUUUUUUUUUAAUGGAUAACAGUAAGAGUGUUUGUGCAGUGCAUGUACAUAUUGAAAUUGUAAAGUAAAUUUUGUAUAUUUUGGACUUCUGUCUGUAUAUUUAAGGUUUUCUUUACAAAGACAUUCGUUCGGAACGUAAAUGUGAAGGAACAUUAGUUAAUUAUGUAUCGUUUAUUAGCUUUCUUUAACCCAUUUAUGCCUAGCGUCUAGAAAAAAGGCCUUGGCAAACAGCGUAGACCCAGAUGAGACGCUGCAUGAUGCCGCGUCUCAUCAGGGACUGUGCUGUUUGCUUAAAGGAAUUUCUGUUAGAAAUAUUCUAAAUAUAGAAAUAAAUAAACCAAACAUCCCUAAUUUUGGAAAUAAAUUGAUCCAAUUUAGAAGGAUGGGAGAGUCCACUAGGCUUAAAUGGGUUAAUUAUAUGUGUAUGUAUGAGAGAAUGUGCAUGACUUUAGUGUGAAUUGUCUUGCUCAAAUACUUUGAUAUCAAAAUAUUGUGUUUGCAACAUGUACAAGAAAAAAUCGAUUUGUAGUUCCAUUAUAAUGUUUUAAACAUUGAAGUUGCAUAGCAUUCUAAUAAACACAAUUUAAUACAGAGAAUGUCAAAAUAAGGUGAGGUAGAAAAUAGCUGUAUCAAAAAAAACAGAAUUCCUUAAUAUGAGGCUAUUUAACUAAAAAGUGUUUUUAUGGAACUUGUCCGUGUUUGUGCAUUUAAGUAUUUUAAGAACGAAAAAUACAGCAGAACUUUAUAGUAAGCUUAAAUUAUCAGAAUCUGUACUAUUUUGUUAAACUAAUGUGUUGAUAAAGAAGAACAAAUAUGUAUACUUUAUGCAACAUUGUUGUGUAUUUUCUAAAAUGCGUUUUUAUUGUUAUUUAAAUAGGGGACCUGUGAAAAUAUAUCAUUGUUUGCAACGAAAUCUUAAUAUAUGCUACUACUUCUUGAUAUUCUACAACCGUGUUUUAUUCUGUUGGCAUACUAAUAUCAUUACAGUAUGUGUUGGUUUUGAAUACAUUUGAACGCAGAGUGGUUAAGUCACAAAAACUGGCCUUAACAUGACUUGUUUUCGAAACAUAACGUAAAUUUAAAUAAAUAUAAUGGAAUUGACUUCAUUGUUGAAUUUAGCAAAACGUUAUAUUAGUGCAUGUUUUGUCAGAUAUGUAACCUUAAGAUGACAACGAUCCAACGUGAGACAAUACACAUUUGUUUAAAUCUUAUCUGGGCAACUAAUAAUGUCUGACCAUGUUGUUUCGUAGUGUUUACUAACUUCUGUUUCAUACGUAUAUGAUAAUAUUUAAGUGUUCAUUCAGUCGUGUUGACGUGGUGUUAAUAUAUAUUAUAAUAUUUAUUUAUAUUGACUUUUCGAUGCUGUGUUUUUGGAGCGAUAUUGUUAUAUCGAUAUAGUUGGUAGAGUAAAACAUUGUGAAUUUUGAUUUUUUUCUUCUUUUUGAAAUGUAAAUUAAAAGGUUAAUGUGA